AUGAGUGCGCUCCUCAAAAAACCAACCCCUACCAUCAAAAAGGGCUCGGGAUCGGCGGAGCAUGCCGACCAGUCUGAGCACAAGGAAGUUGAUAUCCUCUUCGACCGAUUCCUCGAAUACAAGUCUAUCACCAAAGGGCUUAUCUCUUACUACGAGAACCUUGCCAGAUUAGAGACUCACACGGCAAGCGAGCUGGUCAACAUUGGAGGCCAUUUACCAGUCCCUCUACGCGAAGGUAACCAGUUCCUUCCCGAAGGUGGCUGGCAAUCUAUCCUCUAUGAUACUCGUGAACAGACCCGAGCAAUGGCCGACUACCAUAAUACCUUUGCUCACUCGAUCACCCACACCGUCCUCCACACUCUCAACCACGUCAAGAAUGACAUCAAACUCUUCAUCGCUGAUUUGGAAACUGAACCCAGAGCGCUAGCUUCCGAGGUCGGUCAACAUCGUGUUGAAUCUACUCGACUGCUCACCCAACUUGCUCAAGGCAUAGCCCACUCCAAGAGCAACCCCCAUGCGUUGACCGCCAAAGAUGACCCAGUCCUCAUUCACCGCCAAGUUGAAUCACAGUUGAAAGAUCAACUUAACUUUGAGAAUUCACUCACCCGCAUGAUCAUCGAAUACCAAAAGAAAGCCUUCGAGCUUGAGAAGCGUGUCAACACUGACAUCCAGACCGCAGUGAAAGACUUUGAAGCGGCUCGAAUUCAAGCCCAGGAGGCAACUAACAAGCACUGGCGAUCGAUCCACGAUGGUAUCACUCAGCUUGACCCUGAGAUCGAGUGGAAUGAAUAUGCCCAGAGAAGCGGCCACUUGAUUCCCGAAUCGAUCGCCAUGCGUGACGCCGCCAAAAUCUCCUUCCCCGGGCAGAAUGACGACACUACCAAGCCGGUCAAGGCGGGAUUCCUUGAACGCAAAAAGCGAUACACCAAAAAUUACAAAGAAGGAUUCUACGUUCUUACCCCAUCCGGCUAUCUCCACGAGCACAAGUCUUCUGAUCCCGCGAAACACGGAGAGCCAGAAAUUUCUAUCUUUAUGCCCAACUGUUCCAUCGGUGCUCCUGCGCCAGCAGGCUCUAAGACGUUCAAGUGGCACGUCGAGGGCAGAAAGAGUUCGAGCGGCGGGCCUCACACAGGUAGUCUCAGUAAGAUGAAAAGGACCUUACGCAUUGGUCGUAAAGAUGUUGCAUUUAGCUUCAAAGCCCGCACCCAUGCAGAGAUGACUCAAUGGUGGGAAUUCCUCCAGCACCCUGCCAAGGCCUCCUUUACCCAAGCAACGGUCCGGUCCAGCUUGGCGCCUGGUACAGCCGUCUCAGCUGUCAGCGACAUCGGCUUAGAUAAGAGUUCGCCUCAAACCGAAGCCCCGGCCACGGUGACCCGCCGAGUUGCUGAGUCUAGUGACGGGGAAAGUGGCGGGUCGUCUGAAGAGGAGGACACCGCUCACAGCGUGCAUGACGAGCUCUCCACCGCGCCCACUACGCCUUCCGGCUUACAUCACGACCACCCACCUUUGUCCCCUGGCGCCGCUUCCGACGGCCUGCCUGUUUACAAGGGCGGCGAUCACACUGAAGCUGCUCUCGCUAACCUCAAAGAGAAACCCGAGAUACAUCCCGUCCAAGACGUCCCCCAGCAGGCCGUCUCCACCAGUUAA